AUGCAACCACAAGGUCGUGCCCACAUCCUCACCCGAGCCUGCAUUGCUCUCACGCUCCUACUAACCACGGUAAACACCGCGUCGGGCCGCCGUCCCCCGCCCCCUACCCAUGGCUCCGGCCAGACCAUAACGCUCUACACCAUCGGAGCCGCACCACCAAAUGCCGGCGGCACCCCUUCCUCGAAACACCCCGCCUUCACCAGCCAAGGCCCGAUCGGCCACCCCGGCAGCUGGCUGCGCACCUUGACGCUGCCUGGAGCGCUUCGGCCUGGCACUGUGACCGUGAUUGACGAGCAGUUCCACGGCAAGAGAGAGUUUGGGCUGCCCUUGGCUGGGAAGCUGCAGGGCGUUCUUGUCACCAGCUUGGAUGAUAACAGCAGCCGUAUGGUGGCAGUGAAGGCCCUGUUCACCGGCGCUGGCGCAGAAGACAGCAUCAGGUUCUUCGGAGUCCAUCGUGAUGGCCAGGAGGAGUCUCAUGUCGCGGUGGUCGGAGGGACGGGAAGGUACGACGGCACCACCGGUUUCGCUGUUAUCAGAGCAGCGGAUGUACCUGAAACAAGCGGAAAUGUCAGCUUCAGCAGGAUUCUUAGUUUCAGUGUGCACCUCAAGUGA